GAAAUUCACAUUUUCCCGCCUCGGAAUCCGUGGCUUUGCUCGUGAGAACCGCGAACGCCCCCUUUAUUUUCCCAGAUUCAACAUUGGUUUUGUCCUCGUGGUUCACGUUUCGUGUCGACAGACUUAAAAAUGCGUUACGUGGCUGCGUACCUGCUCGCUGCCCUUGGAGGCAAGGAAAGCCCUUCUGCUGCAGACAUUGAGAAGAUCCUCAGCUCUGUCGGCAUUGAAGUCGACAAGGAGAAGUUGACCAAGGUCAUCAACGAACUCAAGGGAAAGAACCUGGAGGAGCUCAUCGCCAGUGGACAAGAGAAGCUUGCGUCCAUGCCUGCUGGUGGUGGAGCCGCCGCCGCUGCCCCAGCUGCCGGUGCUGCACCUGCUGCUGGCGCUGAUAAGAAGGAGGAAAAGAAGGAAGAGAAGAAGGCAGAAUCUGAGGAGUCUGAUGACGACAUGGGCUUCGGUCUCUUUGACUAAACUUGCAGUUCAUUCCAUCGUCUGCAAACCUUGACCACCUUUUUUAUCAAAAAAUAAAAUUGAAAAAACCUGACUAAAAUUA